CUGACCUGAGAAGUUCGGCGCUGAAAGGGGAGCGGAAGCUGGUCUCGAGCAGCGCUCCGGAAGCUGCGCGCGUUACCAUGGCGACCGCAGCGCGUCUGUUGUUAUGAUGCAGGUGAGAUGAUCGGACUCUAGUAUCUGUAGAUCAUGCUGUCCAGCGCGCCGCACGCACGCGCCCUCAUCCACAGACCCGCGCUGCGCGAGAGCAAGCCGCGGCCCGAGGCUGUGAGGGUCACCGAUCUCUCUCGAGUGCUUCAGCUGCUGCGGGAUCCGCUCUCGUCCUCGUUAAAAGAACGGCAGAUUUUCAUCUUGAAGAAGGUGGUGAAACAAUGCCAGCGUGGAUUUCUUCUGAGGGACCUCGCUGAUAUAUUUAAGAUCCUGAAUGUUUGUGCUGAAAGAGUGUGCGAUCACCCGGAGUACGCCAGAGUCCUCUGUGAUCUGCUGCAGAUAUGCAGUCUUCCCUUCCUGAAGGAGAAAGCGUCUGAUGAGAGGAGCUUCGCCGCUGUGGUGACGGACUGCGUGUCUCAGAUGGGUUAUCUGAUGAGGAUCCCGCUGCCGGAGCUGCGACAGCAGAUCUGCUCGACUGUGAUCGCCUUCUACAGCCACGACAAACACCAACACAGCUCUGACGGCCUGUCUCCCGCUCGUCUGGACUACAGAGCUCUGAUGCUGGAGCGCAGUGGUGUUUCUGAGACGCUGGUCAUGUCUCUGGCUCUGAUGGAGGAGCAGCUUCCGGUCAAACUGUGUCUCCUGCAGACGCUGCAGAUCCUGUCCAGAUCAUCAGUCAACUGUAACCUGAUGCUGAGAGCUCAAGCCGCGCAGAAGAUCUGCUUCCACAUGAGCGAAGGCGAUCCGUCCGGAGAGCUGCUCUUCAGAUCCUCCGAGAUCCUGUGGAACCUGCUGGAGAACGGCUCUCGACAGGAAGUGACCUCACAGCUCAGCAGCAGCGACUGCAUCGCAUCUCUGAAGGACGCGUUCCUCCAUCUGCUCCUGAACGGUUUCCGUCAUCACGAGCGUCAGCUGAGGAACGACCUGCUGGUGCUGCUGUCUCUGAUCGCGGAGACGCCCGGCGCUCCUCUGAUCGAGAGCGGCUUCGUCAAGCAUCUCACGCCGUUCAUCACGUUUCCCGAACUGAAGAGCCACAAUCCUCUGGUGAGGAACCUCAAGCUGACCUUCAAGCAGGAGGACUUUGAGAUGAAGAAGCUCCUGCUGAACAUCAUCGUGGUGCUGUCGAGAGAUCUGGCCGCGCUGCAGUUGUUCAGAGAGGGCCGUGUGAUGCUGGCUCUGAUGCUGCUCGUUAAGCCGAGCUCAUCUGCGGUGCGCAGCGGGAGACGCAGCUGGACGUGCAGACAGCAGGAGGAGCUGCAGCUGCAGGCGCUGUCCACAUUGAGCACGCUCGCUCCGCUAAUGCUGGACGAAUACAUCACCUGUCAGGCCAACACCUGUCUGCUGCUGCUGCUGGACUGCUGCCUGCAGGAUGACUCCUUCAGUGGGCAGGGUCACGGUUUCCACAGCAGGGGCGGGAAGAAGGCUCAGCUGCGCUACUGCGUGCGUGUGCUCAGAUCCGUGGUGUCUGCGCAGCACGAGCCGCUCCGGCAGGAUCUGUGCGAUCAGGGUGCCAUCGGGCAGCUCUUGGGUGUGCUGCGCCGGUUCCUGGGGAGGCCGGAGGAUGAGGACGCUGUGGCUCUGGAGAUCCAGACGGACUGUCUGUUCCUUCUGUCUGUGCUCUGUGAGGGAGAUGUGCACAGGAAGGAGCUGUUCGGCCGUGACGGGGUGGAGGUGCUGAUCCAGUAUCUGAGUCUGGACGCCGCGCUGGUCUUCAGUGGCCUGGGUCACAAUAAACUGCUGCUGUCCACCGUCGACUGUUUUUGGUCGUGUGUGGUGGGCUGCUUCGGGACGGAGGAUGCGUUCGUGGCCGGCGGCGGCGUGGAUCUGCUGCUGCAGCUGCUGCAGCGGAGCCCCAGACGCAUGCUGACGCCGCUCACGGCCGUGCUGCUGGAGCUGUGUGAGAAUCCGCAGGCCGUGGCGCAUCUGCUGCGCUGGAGCGGAGAGAGAGACGCCAGCGCGCCGCAGCUGCUGCUGCACAUCUGGAGGAGAGAGGAGGAGCAGAUGGGCGUCUCGCGAGACCCUCACGGCGUGAUCGCAGACGUGAAGCGGCCGAUUGUCUCUCGGCAUCAGGACGAAUCAUCAUCGUCGUCGUCGUCACAUGAUGUCAGUGCUGCUGUCAGAGACGUGUCAGAAAACCUGCGCGCAAACAUCUACUGCAUCUUCUGCAAACUGGGAUUUGAGGGUCUGUCGGGUUUGAGCGCCGAAGAUCACGUCACGCUCAGCAUCAUCCACCGAUACCUGGACUUCAAGGUGUGUGAGGUUGUGCAGGAGGUCUGGAGCGAGGCAGCGCCGGCCGUCCCGUCGGAUGAAGCGGCGCUGAAGAGCGUGCUGCAGGUCAGUGAAGCCGCGGCCGAGAGCGUGCGCUCGCUGCAGCAAAGCAUUCUGGGCCGCCGGCAGCAGGAGGAGCUGCAGGAGGAGCGGCGGCUGUAUUCGGAGAUCCGCUUCACUCAUAAGCAGCGAGAGAUCGCAGCAGACGCCUGGAGGAGCUACGUUGCCAGAACCUCAAACUACAGCGUCCUGAAGGAGUUCAGGCGUCUUCGGGAGGAGCGGAGCACCGGCGAACACGACACGCCAUCAGACGCCGAGACACAAGGGCCUCCGAUCGACAAACCAGAGCCAGUCACUCUAUAGACACAAUAUAUAGCCAACUGAACGCAUUUAAUACGACAUACUGUUCAAACGCUUGCCAUCGCUACAGGGACAGUUCACCCAGAAAUGACAAUGUUCAUAUUUGAGUGAAGUAUCCCUUUAACCAGCAUUAGCAUGCUAGCGAUCACUGCCGGACCAAUGAGCUAACAUGACUUGAUGAAAUGAUGACUGGAUCUCCAGCAAAGCCAAAUAUGAACGCUGAAUGUUAGCAUUUGAAUAAUGGCUAAUAAACUGAGAAGUCAUAGCCAGAACGCUCCUGUGUGUUUAUUGUUUCUCAAGCUGCGGUGAUGAGUUUCAGACGCAGACGACCGAGUCUAGAAUCACUCGAUCAGAAACACAGACCAGGAAGACAGACACCAGAGAUCUCAUAUGUGAGCAUAUGCAUGUGAAAAAUAAUGCCAUCAUCAACACUAACCGCGUAUAAAUGAAAGCUGCCUAAUGUUCGGAGUGAAAUGUGGAUCCAGAAAGUGUUAAAGCUUUGGGAUACUGCUGGAAGCCAUCUACUGCAGCUUUGCUUUGAUAAUAAUAUUACUGAAUAUGAUCCAGAUGUAGUAUUUGAUCAAAAUGUAGCUUUUUUUAUGAAACCUACCUACAUUCAUGUGUUGAUUUAAAAAAAAACAAUGCUUGAAGCUAGAAUACAACUGAUUGUUUUGUUUGAAAGUAGAGGGUCUGCUCUUUAUUUUGGUGUAUCGCAUGUAAUGGAUCAGAACCGAUACAAAACUGCACUGAACCAUUAUGUGCCAAUCAUGACCAAUACAAAUUUGUAUUAAUGGAAACAAACCAAUAAAACCCAGUGGAAUAAGCCCAAAACACCGUUUGGUAAUGGUUAAUGGCUGAUGGUUUGUAAUGGAAACUAUUAGGAUUUCUGUAAUGGUUUCUCUUGUUUUGUUUGUUUGUUUGUUUGUUUUUUGUUUUUGUUUUUGUUCUUCAGAAGGGCAGAUAUUCAUUCAUAUUCUGGGGGCCAUGAAAUUUUAGUGAAAAUCAGCACAAACGCUGGCGGGGAAAGAGUUAAUGCCGUUUUUAAAUAAUUCAGCC